AUGUUACACAUUGUACCUAAUAUUGUUACAGGGCUUUAUUCAACAAAAAAAAUUGGUUUCUAUUCUUUUAAAAAUUUUCUUAUUUAUUAUGAUGAAUCCCCUUUAAAUAAUAAUAUCAAUAAUAUCCAAGAUAGAUUUAUUAUUGAUAAUAGUGGGUUUAAUAUUUAUUCUAGUGAUUUACCACAAACAAAUGUUAUGCAAAUAGAACAACAUUCAUCAAAUACUCUUAAUAACAACUUAAAUAUUUCUUAUGGCAUUCCAGUAUCUUACGCAACUAAUAAUUAUGAACGACAAUCCAUGACCCCUUCUAUAAAUAAUGAACGUGUUAUUUCAACAUCUACUAUACAAUCUAAUCCUGCUGCAAACUCAUCAAAUUCAUCCUAUACGCCAUAUAAUUCCAAUCAUAACGUUAAUACUCCAUCGCUAAAUUUUAAUAAUCCCGGAACAUUUAGAUUUGAGAUUCCGGGAUUCGUAAUUGUCGUUAUACCUACUACGCCUACCACAAAUUCAACUAGUUUAAAUACGCAAAAUCAAUUUCAACAGGAGCAUACUUACUCAAAUAUCACUAACGAUAAUUCGCACACUCAAUUUCAACAACAACAACAAAAUUUUCUUGAUGUAAAUGGUUCAUUUAUCAAUUUCAAUAACUUUCGUGGGUAA